AUGCCCCACAAAUCGAUUAGUCCGUCGGAAAGGGUGCCCACGUCGACUUCCGCGGUACCGCCGAACAAGACCAACAGCGACAACAAGCUUGCUAUGUCCCGCGCCCUCGGCGCUGCGUUCCUCAGCCACCAAGUAGAACAACUCGAGAAGUCAGUAUCACACCAAGGACAUGCCAAUUUGGCUGGAAGAAGAGAUCUUCCGCGGGAUAGGGAUAGGGAUAUUGGUGAUAGACGCCAGCCAUUCGGAGAGCACACCUCCGGUGUCGGAGGGACUGUCCACAAGCGCGGACCAGCAAAUCAUCCGGCGAAGCAGCGCGCACCAUCCGGAACUAGACAGUCCCCUAGGAAAGACUACCCAGAAAAGCCAGUGCACAAGGCUCACGAAUACCAGCGGGAGACGAAGGACGCUGACCUCAUCGUGCUCGACGCAAGUGUUCCUCUCAAGAAAUGGUGUAAAGAAGGGAGAGAAGAAAUCGUUAUCGUGCCCCUGGAAGCUCUGAACACACUCGAUUUGCUCAAGAAAGGAGCGAGCCCUCUUGCUCAGCGAGCAAGGGUCCAACGAGACGACGCCUUCGUGCCUUGGGACCGCAUCGAAUUUAAAGAUACUUAUUCAGACGAGGAUGGCGAUAAACCGAUUGCGCAGCCCCUCCAUCUAUCCGGGUCACCAGAGUGGGUCCGCAGGAUGAUCUGCUGCGCCCGCUGGGAAGUCGACAACGUCUCUACUACGCUCGAGAAAACCACCUCGAAGAAACCCCAAGUUGUCCUGGCUGUGUUAGGCCAGUCUUCGGCGCUAGCACAUGUCGGCAAGACGACAGAUUGCACUCCGGAGAUUGCCUCUCCAGUUCCGCUUCCUGCGCCUGGCCCCCAUUCACACAAGUAUGAACCCCGUUCAGCUGGUCUCUUGGUUGCGCACUGGGCAGCCAAGGCCGGUAUAGAACUUCUGGAAGUCGAGCCAUGCCUCGCGGGCGCGCCGCCGAUCGGUCAGUUCCGGAACGGCGACGACGACGAAAGGGGAAAGAGACAGGGAGGGCGUGGCAGACGCAACUCUCACACUGUGGGCAGUUCACCUGCUACUCGCGGAACGGGUCUCGUGGAACGUCCUGCUGCAGUAAUGCAGAUGAUGGAAAUGGUGGUCAGGGUCCUUGCAAGAGGUGAGAAAUUGGAGCCCUGA